GGCGAGGGGUCAGGCGAGGCCGGGAGCGUGGGGGGCGCCGUCCUGAUCGCCCUGGUCUACUCACUGGUGUGCCUCGUGGGGCUCGGCGGCAACUCCAUGGUCAUCUUCGUCAUCCUGCGCCACGCGAGGAUGCGCACGGCCACCAACCUGUACAUCCUGAACCUGGCGGUGGCCGACGAACUACUGCUGCUCAGCGUCCCGUUCCUGGUCACGGCCGCGCUGCUGCGCCACUGGCCCUUCGGCGCGGCCCUGUGCCGCCUGCUACUCAGCCUGGACGCCCUCAACAUGUUCACCAGCGUGUACGGCCUGACCGUGCUCAGCGUGGACCGCUACGUGGCCGUGGUGCACCCGCUGCGCGCCGCACGCCUGCGCCGUCCACGCGUGGCCAAGCUGGUUAGCGCAGCCGUGUGGGCACUGGCGCUGCUGGUCAUGUUGCCCAUCGCCGUCCUGGCGCGCACGGCGGCCAACCGUGAUGGCACGGUGGCCUGCAACGUGCUCAUGCCGGAGCCGGCACGCCGCUGGCUCGUGGGCUUCGCGCUCUACACGUGCCUCCUGGGCUUCGUGCUGCCCGUGGGUGCCAUCGGCCUGUGCUACGCGCUCAUCCUGGCCAAGCUCCGCGGGGUGGCCCUGAGGGCCGGCUGGCAGCAGCGCCGCCACUCCGAGCGCAAGAUCACCGUCAUGGUGGUCAGUGUCGUCUCGGUCUUCGUCCUCUGUUGGAUGCCCUUCUACGUGGUGCAGCUGGUCAGCGUGUUCGCUGGGCGGGGCGAUGCCACGGUCAGCCAGUUGGCCGUCAUCCUGGGCUACGCCAACAGCUGCGCCAACCCCAUCCUCUACGGCUUCCUCUCGGAGCCCUUCAAGCGCAGCUUCCAGCGCCUGCUGUGCGGCGGAGGGGCCGGAGGGGGAGGUUGGGUGGGGGGCGUGGCGGCCGACGAGCCGGGCGACUACUUCGCCACGGCCGUGCAGAGCCGCCCCAGGGGCAGCGGGGAAGAUCCGGCCGGCCCUCCGGCCUGCCUGGAGCUCCCGGGGGACGGCCCCGGCCCCAGCGGGCCCUGGCCCUCCCGGACCACCACCCUUUGA